CAACAGGACGCAAAAAACAAGCUGUAUGCUGUUUCUGUUGUGAAAUCUGUAAAAGUUCACCGCUUCACUAUUAAAUGGCUGAGCUAUCAGCCUUUGUAAACUAAGUACUGCUAGUCACAGUGCUACUGCUAUUUUCAGUGUUUUGGCCGCGGGCUCAAUCUUGAUCAUCUGUGGCGCAACCUGCAACUUUGGUCCGAGGUCCCGGCAUGACGACGCUACGGGCAGACGUGGUGGUAACUGCACCAAAAAAGCCUAUUACGGAUGUUAAAACACCACGACAACGGACAACUAAGCUGUGUGAUGACCUGGAAGCUGAAGCAUUUCGUGAAUGGCGGCUAGCAAACGAUCAGCUGCUGCACUUCUACAAAGUCAACAAACAUUGGCUUGACGAAAUUGAUUAUGGAAAAGUGGCUGCGUCUUUGAGCCCCGUUGUGGCAUCCUGCUUCCCUGGCUCAUCAUGGAAAGAUUUUGCUUGUGCUUUGGGUAUUCCCGCCUCCGAACUGGAGGGUGUGGAGCAGCGGGCUGAAUGGUACAAGCUGAUGCCCCUCCAGGUAGCAUUGCAGUACUUAUACCCCGCUCUAAAGGCCUGCUCAAAAUGCUGCAGUCUCGGCCACCUGGUUGACAUCUUGAGAGAACAAGGCCGCUUGGAUGUCCUCAAUAAGAUCUCGCAGCAAGUUAAAGGGUUUCUCAUGGAGCCCCCUUAUGGCAUCUGCUAUUUCGAGGAGAGGCUUCACCAGAAGUUAGAAGACCUGCAGAGCCCGCUUUCGUCAAUCGAUUCUGGUGUAUCCAGCCUGGAUUCAGAAGUUUGUCUCAGUGGCACCACAGUCAAGGAUAGCAUCCUUAUUGGGCAAGCUGCGCUGCCUUGUCCACCAAAUUCAAGAAAUGGAGUAUUUGUUCCUGAAGCAUUCUCUCCUGAAUACAACAGUCACACUACACCUCCAAGUUUCACAAAUCACAACACUGACAGUUCACCUCUCAGCAAUGGUGAAUGCAACCAAGAUGAGGAAUCCAGCUGUGAGUCUCUGAUUGAUAAGAUACUGCCAAAGACGAAGCUUGACAAAUUGACAGUCCUUGUGUGCCAUGUCGAAGAGGACAUUGAUCUGGCUCAAGAUCUGGCCAAGACCUUGGAAACCGAACAUGAGUGCUAUGUCCUCACACAGGCUGAGAUCCUGCCUGCUAUUCAUACGGAUCCCACACUGAUUGAGGAUAUAAUUCAAAAGGUGAAGGCCAUUGUGCCGUUAGUCUCAAGAGCUUACCUGGAACAUUACGAGCAUGCACGGCGCACAAACGACCUAAACUCUGCGGACAGCAUGCUUACACGUGAAAUGUACUCAUUGUCUCUUCACCGGCUUGUCUCAAGCUCUUGCCUGUACUACAUGCUGUUCCCGGUGCGCACGCCUGACGUGGAGUACAAGGAUGUCCGCCGCCACCACAUUUUCUCCAAAUCUAAGGUUCUGUGCAAGAAGGACUUAGCUCAGCUAGUGAAAACCAUGCAUGCCUGUUACAAGCUAAGGCCAGCUAGUGAAAGGAGAGGCUCCUGAACUUAAGAGGCAGUUGUGUCGUCGGGACAACAGUGGAAGCGAAGCGUGUUCUUAUACUGUGAUGGGACAAGUCGGCAGCAUGCAGGUUCCUGCUGUCAUGGUUUGAGCAACCAGGGGAGUGUUUUUUCAUUCCACUGUGACGAGAAAGUGCAUUUUGUUCGAUUACUUAUUCAGAACUACUGUUACACGUUCAUAUGCAGUAUGCUUUUCUUGCAGCAAAGCUGCAACUAUUUCCUCUCUAUUGGGGUCACGAGUUCGAUUCCCAAUUGUGGCAGCCCCCUUCUUUAUAGGUGUGGGAUGCCAAACUGCCCAUGCAGUACACUUUGGUAGUGCAUAAGUAAUCCCAGGUGCUCAAAAUCAAUCCAUAUUCUUCCAUGAAAGUGCCUUUUAUAAAAAAAAAAAUCUGCAAGUCCAAUGCCCGUGUCAGAACCAUGAGAACUCAAACCCACCCGCCAUGGUUACUCAGUGGCUAUGGUGUUAGGCUGCUGAGCACGAGUUUGCGGGAUCGAAUCCCGGCCACGGCGGCCGAAUUUCGAUGGGGACAAAAUGCGAAACACCCGUGUACUUAGAUUUAGGUGCAAGUUAAAGAACCCCAGGUGGUUGAAAUUUCCGGAGUGCUCCACUACGCCGUUUUGCACGUAAAACCCCAUAAUUUUUAGAACUCGAACCUCUCAAAGCAUUUGUGUGAAUGUUCUUGCCUGACACUGGUGCGACAUUGUUUGCUGCAUGGUGCCAAUGUUCUCCUUCAGCUUUGCACUUCAUUAGAGGUCUGCCUAUAGCCAUCUCUGGUGGUCUUGUCUUACCACUGCUCAAAUUUGUACGAUGUAAUUAUUCAUGGACACUUGCAUGUAAAAGCAUUGCUUGUUGUGAUUAACGCAUUGAUGCUUGAGUUUUUUUGUAUGUGUUGGGUGGCACUCUGUGCACUGUGCUUGAGAGGUGCCAGACAGCCACUACUGAACAAACUUUGUAGGGUACCUAAAUAAAGCUUCACUUUAACAUCAGUGUUGCUUUUUUGGUACCAAACCCAAUGAACAAACUGGUUAUCAGAGUACAGCUCUUUUGAAAAUGAACAUGUCUGUAUGGACUAUUCUUAAAUGAGAGCUUGGAGGGAGGUAUGCUGGAGCGCCAUCUCGUCUACAUCUUAUGACACAUUUGGUACGGUGCUUAAACAUUGUCCCAUUGACAAAAUAUUCCUAGCUUCCUGCCAUUGUUAAACAGUGGCAACGAAGUUAUGCGUUAAUAGCCUGUUAUGUAUAGGCUUUCCAACUUCAUGUUUAAAGUGCAUGUAUGUAUGUAAUAUAUGGUCACUAGCCUAGUUAUUGUAGUAGUCAUUUUUAACGCGACAGCGUUAAGGAGCUCGUGUCGCCGGAAAGCCGGUGUCGUCAGCGGCGUUGGCCGUGAGCAAAAAAUGGCGGGAGGCAAUUCAUAAAUAAAAACAACUUGCAAGAUGGGCUGGGUGGGAAUCGAACCAGGGCCUCCGGAGUGUGAGACGGAGACGCUACCACUCAGCCAUGAGUUUGAUGGUUCAGUGUGGGACAAAAGUGCCUCUACUGAAUGCGGUGUUGCCUUAUAAACGUGCCACAGAAAGUUAUACUGCGGUGUGUAUCGGUAAUUAUGAGCAUGUAAAUUACAGAAGUCGCAGUUAAAUGAGUAGCAAAGUACGUUUCCGCUACAUUUCUUCUGCGCUUGGCGCACACGCAGAGCCAUCUUGCGGCAAACACAGAAGACCCCCUCCUCGCAAUGUACGGCGCUGCUUCAACAGGUGGCGCGCCACUCGCCCGCUUCUCCCUUUCGUCUCGUUUGAGCGCAUUGGGGCCGUGCGGGGAUCAGUGCGAGGAUGACCCAAUACCCUAGUGUUUAAUAAGCUUUCUCGCUCUCUCCCCUUCCAACUUCCACUGUGUGUCACUCGAAUCCUUGUGUUUAGGCGACACGGCUCCUCUUUCCACUUACAGCGCGAUUCCUAGGUGCAGAGUCUGAUGCGGGGCGCCUCUGACGUGAUCGCUGCGCUGUAGUGCGUCUGGUGGGAAAGCAUCCUCUGCGAUGUAUGUCGUGCUGCUGGCGAGAAGUCAUGCGUCUGCAUGGUGCUCCCAAGCGAGAUAGGGGACGAUCCCAUCGAAGCAUCAGCCCCAUGAUCACGUCUGCCUUCAUGGCGUGUCGCGGCCCGGCUGUCCAUGCCGAUCACGACGUUUGGCUCGCGUAGAUGGUUUCUCCCUCCGAGACACUGAGUUCUUUGUUUCAUUCCGCCUGCUCAGGUGCACGUUUCGUUGCCGCGCCCAAUGCUGCGUUGCUCGGCGCUCACCGUGUGAUUAGUGAGUGCAAAGAGCAUGCCGAGCAAAUGAGUGGGCGGUGCGAACGGGGUGUGAUAACGCUAUCGCGUUCCACUCCUGAAGGCGAAGUUUAAGUGUUCUCCAAUUUUUUUAUAUAUAUAUAAUAUGGAUGCAUGUUUUUGCUUUCAUUAAAAUCGGUUUUUGGUUCCCACACCAACAUCUUUUUUUUCCACUUGGGUCACCACGUGGCUUAUACCAGUAUGAAACUAAAUAUAAGCAUGCAUGCCUGCUUCAUAGAGAUACUGCAGCAGUGACUUAUAAAAUGUGUUGUCCAUAAUCCAUCUUUCAUAGUCUUCAGCUUGAUCGCUGUUCAGUUUUGCACCUUUCAGUACACUUUCACCAAUUGUCUAGAGCAUGUUCAUAGUAGGAGGCGGGCAUCCGCUGCAGACGCAGGAUCGGCCCACUUAGGCCACUGGAUGAUGUCCUCUUAUGGUUGACCCCAAUCGCAAGUAAUGGCCUAAAGUCUCCAGAGAGAGACUUCCUCCACCCAAGAUAGAUUGUGGGGAAGGGAGCAGACACGCGGAGCAAUGAAGGCACGCAUCUCACAUCGAAGGAUGAGUUUUUGGGCAAUGAAAACAGAGCAGCAGACACAGUAAAGGAAAAGAGGAGGAGUUACGGGUGUUGAGAAAGAGUGAGCAAUACGGUCCUCAAGGUCGUUGUUGUCAUGACCAUGUGCCUGCAGCCAAUAGGCAUUUAUGUUCACAUGGGUAGAAUUGUGAAUUUUGUGUACCUGCUCAUAAAUACACAAUGUUUUCGUUACUUGUUUGAGAUUCUUAAGUGCACUGAGCCUGUCAGUAUAGAUUUGGGCUUUGUUGAUGUUAGACAAGUUAACAAGGAUUUCUACUGCAUCAUGUAUAGCCUGCAGCCCAAGUAAUAAGGGGUCUGAAAAAUGUAGUUGCGAGUGGGUUGGAUCUUGGGGUGCAUCGGACUUGAGAAGGCUACUUGUCCUCCUUUUGAGCUAACUGCCACAUCUGUGCACGUCGCACAUCGUCCCAUAAGUACAGUCGUUUUAGUCGUUGCAAUUGGUUGAACCUGCUGGUGGAGCUUUGUCGUCUUGUUAUUGGCUAGUGAUGUAUAGUUCCAUUGUGGAAGAUUGUCCAAAUUCUUGAUGAUGGCACAAUCUCCAUAAAACUGGGACCGGAGUGCCACAACUGUUAUUAUGUGGCAUCUUUUAAGCUUUCUUGCUUGCUGUCGCUGCUCAAUGAGCUCAGAAAUGGUGUUAAGCUGUGCAUGCUUUUGCAGCAUUGGUAUAGGUGUUAGAUGAGGAAGGACCGUAAUUGCUCUCAUGGCACUUCUGUUGAUAACCUCCUAGUUUGUCCUACUGUUGAGGAGUCAAUCUUAGGAACUGUGCUUGAUAUAUAAUACUAAGCCGCAGGACGGAGCUCACGAGGCAGUAGACCACGUUGGUGCGAGCCCCACUACUCUGUGGCAAAAUUGGGUUGCCCACUGCAGCUUCUUUAGGGUCACUUCUACUAUGGUAAUAAUAGUGGUAACCAGCUUUGCAGUUAAGGUGAUGAUGGCUUUAGAAGAAAUAUGCAUGCCAACUAAUUCUUUAGUGUUACUGCUACUGCUCUACGACCAUUAUGAGUGUUGAAGUAAUAUUUUGACAACCUCCAGGCAUAUAUAGCAGUUGCAGUUCUGGCAAAGACCACUACAGUCUACAUCCUCCGCAGCACUAAAAGCAAGGUGGACCAACGUAAGGUAGCAUAUGUCGUCUAGACUCGGUGAUGCAUGUCUAGAGUAGAAAUGUUAUUAGAAAGAUGCUUCAUGUAGUUGCGGAGGGGUGAAGCAUCUAUACACACACAAGAGUUUUCCAGGCAAACUGUAAUGGCAUGCCUGGGUUGUGCUUUUUGAGAUAAGCUCGUAAAAGAAGCUAGCUGGCUUCGGUAGGUUUGCUUAGACGAAUGCCUCACCUUACAGAUCCCAGCUACGGUUGCUGAACAGUUCACCAUUUCUCACUGACAUACCAUUUUGCUGCUGAGCACAAUGUCCCAGGUUUGAAUCUCUACUACAGCAGCCGCACUAUGACGGGGCAAAAUCCAGAAAUGCUUGUGUGCUUACAUGUGGGGGCACAUUAAAGAACCCCAGGUGCCCAAAUUAAUCCAGAUGCUCAAUUGUGGCACCUCUGUUGGCUUACGUGUUGCUUUGUGAUGUCCCACUUGCCUCUCAUUUCUUGCCUGAAAUUAGCUUAGUGGACCAGAGUGACAUGUCACCCAUUUUAGGCAAGGUACCACUCCAAACUUUUGUGUAAUUUAUCAGCAAGACCUUCACUUAGAAGCUGCUGUGUAUCAGCAUGUCCUUUGCAAUUUGUUAUGGUGUACCUAUAUCCGUGCGCUAUUUAGCCUAUAUCUGUCAAACACAGUUCCUUUGUAAUUUGCAAGUUUAGCUAGGAGAGUGUGCAGUACCUUUUUAAAAAAAAAAGCAAUAAGUAAGUCAACAUUACUGCAUAUCACCCAAAAGCGUUUUUCCGAAUGAGAAGUUCUUGCUUAGUUUUUUUUUUUUUCUGUUCCGAUUGCAUUGGGAGCCCUGUCACUCGCUGAUGUGACACAAUGGCCAUAAUGCUUCAUCCAGUCAUCUCACAGUCCUUAGGUAUAUGCACGCAGAUAUUAUUUCCUGCCACAAGAUGAUGCCACUGUCUCAUCAGUGGUGAGAUGUUUUGUUUUGUCAGGCCUUGCUGCAGCUGCUGGUAGCACAUUCUUGCCCAUUUUGAAUCAAGUAUGUCAUUAGUGCUGCUCAAUUUGACUGUCAACAAGCUACACUUACAACUUUAUUUCACUCGGCUGUGGGCAGAAGCAUAGCUCAAACAUGUGCUUAAAGCUUCCUGCUAUUAAAAAAUACCAGUGUUGGGAACAGUGGUAUGACAGCGCUGGCAGGUACAUAACUGGAACAUGAAUGCACACAAACACACCAAAUGCACACACACUGACGCACUGAAAAAUAAAAUACAAACACUAGAAAUUUCAUUGUCUACUGUGGAGGAGGCAGCAUAAAUUGAGCCAACCAUCUUCAUUGAAAAGGUCAGAAAUGCGUUAAUGUCGUCCUUUAGUCUACUUUUUAAGACUACAGACACUACCUGAUACACAGGAAGAUGGAGAUGGCAUGAAUGUUAAGGAAAACCCAGUAGUAAAAUUAAUCCAGAGUCAUUAUACAAAAAAGAGGUGAGGCGGACACAAUGAGCUUGCGCUGAUGAGUUUUGUGUCUUCUUUCGCCUCAGUGCUCCCUUCAGUUGAUAGUCGGCGUUCGUGUUGUCCACUUCUCUACUCUUAUGUCUUGUCUGCACCCCUCACCUCUUUUUUGCAUAAUGAAUCCUUGCCAUCAAGCUCAGCUUUCUGUCGUUCUAAAAUCCAGAGUCCCCUGCUACUGUGUGCCUCAUGAUCACGUCAUGGUUUUGGCACCCAGAAAUAAAUUAAAUCCCCAGAAUUAAAUUUAAGAUUGAUGUGAAAAAUAGUUAAGCAAGGGAUGACGCUGGAGGCCCUGUAGACAUUCCUUGCUCAGACAUUGUCUGUCACUUAUGACAGACAUAACCACCACAAUGAAUGAGGGUAGCUAUAUAGGUUUGUUGGUAGGUUGUUGCCCAAUUUUUUUUUUUUUUUUGCAGCACAGACACUACACAGAUAUAGCAGUGCAAGACAAUGCACAGCGCUGUGUGUAAUCUCAUGUGGCUUUAUGUUCGUGUUGUUGUGCCAGCACUACAACAAAUUAGAAAUCACUGGGGUGGCUCAGUGACUAUGGCGUUCUGCUCCUGAGCACGACGUCAUGGGUCGAAAUGUAGCCACAGCAGCUGCAUUUCGGUGGAGGCAAACUGCAAGAACAGCCAUGUAUUCAGGUUUAAGUUCAUGUUAAAGAACCCCAAGUGGUCAAAAGUAAUACAGGGCCCUCCAUUGCGGCAUCUCUCAUAGCCCAAGUGAUGCUUUAUAGUAUGUUAAAAUACGAAAAAUAAAAAAGAAGACAUUUAUUACUGUUAUUUGGCAGAAGAAGUAGUAGUUUAAUGACUGCAAAAUGUAGAGAGGUCGGCCAGAAAAUGGAGAGCAUAGCACCAACCAAUAGCAUCGUCGUUGGAAGACGUUUAUGCUCUCACCAGAGGCACUGAGUAAUGCCUAAAUGAAUGUGGCCAAUAGCAUUCAUUCUUGGAAUGUCGCAAUAAAUUCAAAAAGGGGCGGUGAUUUCAAUAAGUGAGAAAAGUGCAGGUGGUCUUUUCAGUUGAAGCUGUAGGCUUCUUGUAACAUGUACAGUCACUUAUUUAUUCAUACUUCAAGGAUCCCGGAGAGAUGUCACAUGAAGGGUGAGGGAAAACAAAAAAGGGCAAUGGUUCUCAGUUAACAUGUUAAGUAAUGACUCUCUAUGGUUGUUUUAAACUUGGUGCAGCCUGUUAGCAUAGCAAUGUGGGUAGGAAGGUCGUUCCAGUCUUAUCUUGUGUUGUAUGUAGAGGAACAGACCUCUGGAAGGCGAAUUUCAUGAAGGGAGUGAGUAAGUUGGGGUUUCAUAACAGUGGCCGAGAUGAAAUCCAUGCUGAUUAGGGAAAAAAAAAAAGUUUUUAGUAGACAGAAAACACACUACUACAGCAUACAAGAUAUGCUCCAUUACUUUGCAGCAUAAACUGGUGAUGGAUAGGGGACGAUAAUUGUUUGGUGAUGACCGGUUACCUUUCCUGAACACAGGAAGGACCUUCCCAUCCACCAGUCUGCUGGAACCAAUCCUGUAUUGAGGUGAUUGCUGAACUAUGAAAUAAAACUUGUUACUUGUCUGGUGA